AUGGGGAGCUACAGCCCUGCCAGGAACUCUAAAUCCUGGCUGGGACUACACAGAAUUCCAAGCAGCAAGAUGGAAAGACAGGAGAAGAUGGCAGAGAAGAUGGCAGGGAAAUCUUUGAGUGUGCCCGACUUGAUCGCUUACUUGGAUGAAAGCAGACUUCCCACUGAAAAACUGGAACGCUCACCACUGAAACCGCUGCAAACACCCAACUGCUGUGGGCCUGCCAUCACCAUCAAAGCACCUGCUAACCAUAGACUCAACCAUACCACAAAUAUAGCAGUUCCCCAUCUAUUAAGCAACGGUAAGGAGCACUCGCCAGGACAAAUGAAAGGGCUAGUGCUGGAGAAAGAAUGUGAAGUAUUAACUGUGAAGGAGUUUAAUGACAAAAUGGAAGAAGGAAAGAUACCUGCAGGAUUUGGCUCCAGGUUUUCCUGCAAAUGGACAGCGGCAACCCCAGAAGAUGGGAAGGUUCACAAGGAGUCUAAAGCUGAACAAAGUGAGGAGGAGGAGGAGGAGGACAAGAGGAAAGAGAUUGGAGGAGAUGAACCAAAAGUGGAAGAAACCAAAGAGCAGAAAUUGUUCAAGAUAGCCAAUGAACUCCUGCAGACAGAGAGAGCCUACGUGGUUCGUCUCAACCUUCUAGACCAGGUCUUCUGCUCGCGCCUAACAGAAGAGGCAGGUCGAGGCUCAUUUCCUCCUGAGGUGAUAAGGAACAUCUUCUCCAACAUUUCCUCCAUCUACUCCUUCCACAGCCAGUUCCUGCUGCCUGACCUGGAGAACUGUAUCAGCCACUGGUGUGAGAGUCCAGGCCUGGGUAAUGUUCUGCUGCCACAUGCACCCUUCCUGAGGAUGUAUGCCGACUAUGUCAGGAACUUUGACCAGGCCAUGGAGCUGGUGAGGACGUGGUCCGAGCGCUCUUCUGCCUUCAGAUGCAUCGUCCAGGAUAUAGAAAGUAAGGAGGUGUGUGGCAGUCUGACUCUGCAGCAUCACAUGUUGGAACCGGUCCAGAGGGUCCCUCGCUAUGAGAUGCUGCUCAGUGAUUACCUGAAGAAACUGCCCAAGGAUAACCCAGACUACAAGCCGGCUCAGAAAUCUUUGCAGACAAUUUCCAUGGCUGCCACCCACUCAAACAGCGCCAUCCACAAAGCUGAGAGCCUGAAGCGGCUGCUGGAGAUAUAUGAGAUGGUCGGAGAGGAGGAGGUGGUUAACCCGACCAAUGAGUUUCUCAGGGAAGGUCGUCUGCUCAAGCUCGCUGCUAGGAACACAUCUGCCAUGGAGAGGCACCUCUUCCUGUUCAACAACUUUCUGCUGUGCUGCAGCCCAAAGUUCAGCCUAGUUGGGCAACGUUUUACGGUUCGGUGCAGGAUCGGCGUGGAUGGCAUGCAGGUGCAACAGACCACCAACGAAGACCACUUAUACACCUUCCAAGUGUCUGGGAAGGAGAAGACCCUUGAGCUACAGGCCAGCUCUGAACAAGAUCGAGACGAGUGGAUAAAGGUGAUUCAGGAAGCAAUCGAUGUGUUUCAGAAGAAAAAUGAAACCUUCAAGUUGGCGUCAAAGGAGCUGAAUGUGGAAGAACCAACAGAUGAACUCGGCCAACGCGCCCCUCGCUGGAUCAGAGACAACCAGGUGACCAUGUGUAUGAAAUGCCAGGAGCCUUUCAACGCGCUGACGAGGAGAAGACAUCACUGCCGAGCCUGUGGCUGUGUGAGUCACAUGAUAAACUUUAGCUUCGUAUGAAACAUAUAACACAGACUAAAUCUAACAAGGAC